CCAUCACACUUGAGCUCAUCUGUUGGAGCGCUACGCCAGAGCUCACCUGUAGGACUGCUACACACCUGAGCUUAGCCGCUGGAGAAUAACAUACCUGAGCUCACCUAUCAGAGCGCUACACACCUGAGCUCACCUGUUGGAGCACAACAUACCUGAGCUCACCUGUAGGACUACUACACACCUGAGCUCACCUGUUGGACUGGUGCACACCUACAGCUCACCUCUCUCUCACUGAACAGGCACGGCAACACUCAUGAUGCUCACGUAAUGGAGGGGCAGAAGCGCAGAAGAGCCGGGCUAUUGCUUCUUACUGUCGCAGUUGGAUUACUUUACACAGUGGAGAGUCAAGAUUUGUUCCAUGAACAGACAUCAAAACUGAAAAGUUACCAGAUUGUCACCCCUCAGGUUGUGCCCGGCCGAUGGAAGAGGCAUGAAAACGGCUCACAAACACACAGACAGAAUGGUCACUCUGAUCAGAUCACUUACUCGAUCAAGAUAGAUGACGUCAUCCACUACCUACAUCUGACCAAAAACAAAGACUUUUUAUCUCCUGACUUUGCAGUGGUUUCUCACGAUGUUCAGAAGAAGUCAGUGAGGAGACACACGGGAAAGCCAAAAUCCUGUCACUAUCAUGGACGCGUGGAGGGCCGUGAGGACUCGCUGGUGGCUCUGAGCAGCUGUGAUGGUAUCAGGGGCGUCAUCUUCAUUGGUAACAAGAGUUAUGCUCUCGAGCCCGUUUCGCAGUCCUCAAACAAUGAGCACCUCCUGUUUCCACUGGACGACAGCCAGUCUGAGCCGUUUGUGUGUGGAGUGGCUGAUGCUCACGGUGAAGACGAUGCUCCAGAAGUGGCCUUGUCCAUGACCUCUUUUUUACGGAGAAAACGAAACUUGCCUCUGACCCGAUAUGUGGAGCUGGUGUUGGUGGUGGACAAUCAAAGGUUCACCUUUAAGAAGGGUAACACCACUGCGGUGAGGGAAGAGAUGGUACAGCUGGCCAAUCUACUGGACACAUACUUCCAGCAGCUGAACAUCCGGAUAAUCCUGGUGGGUCUGGAGAUUUUUGAGACACAGAACCCGUUUGAUGUGGAGGGAACCGCAGGAGAUGUUCUUGGAAGGUUUGUUGACUGGAGGAAGACACAACUAGUGCCACGCGUCAGGAACGACAUGGCCCAGCUCAUCGUGGGUCGUACAGGAGCAUACAGUGGCGGUGUCCUGGGCAUGGCCUUUGUGGGAACGGUCUGCUCAGCGAACACUGGUGGAGGAAUCAGCGUGUAUGGCAACAACGCGCUGCAGUACUUUUCCACUGUGCUGGCUCAUGAGAUGGGCCACAAUCUGGGCAUGAACCACGACGACUCGCGUUGCCAGUGCAAAGGUGGCAGCUGCAUCAUGGCCUCCAGUGCCAGUGGAUCCACUCUGUUCAGUACAUGCAGUGGGAGUGAUUUUGAGCAGCUGAUUCUGCGUGGAGGAGGAGUUUGUCUGAGGAACCAGCCGUCCCAGGACAGCAUCAUCACCGUGCCUGCCUGCGGAAAUGGUGUACAGGAGCAGGGGGAGGAAUGUGACUGCGGUCCACCACAGAGUUGUACAAGUAAAUGUUGUGACGCAGCUACAUGCAAACUCACAAAGGGCUCAACCUGCGCUGCUGGAAGCUGCUGCAAAGACUGUCAGCUCUCUGUGUCUGGGACGCCCUGCAGACAGUCGGUAAACGAGUGUGACCUGCCCGAGUUCUGCACUGGAGACACCGGUUUCUGCCCUCCGGACACCUACCUGAUGGACGGCCUUUCCUGCCAGGGCAACACAGCCUACUGCUACGAGGGCCGCUGCCAGACGCUGGACUACCAGUGCCAACAGCUCUUCGGCUCAAAGGCAACGAAAGCUGACGAUAAGUGCUUCAGUUACGUGAACACGCAGGGCACCAGGUUUGGGAAUUGUGGGUAUUCCGGCUCCAGUCUGGUCCCGUGCUCGGUGGCCAACUCUAUGUGUGGAAAGAUCCAGUGCACAAACUUUGACUCCAACUACCCACCACCUGGAGCGGUUAUCAGCGUAGAGACCAUAGAGGGGAGCAUCUCCUGCAGGAACGCCGACUUCAACCUGGGCUCAGAUGUCCUGGACCCAGCCUACGUCAAAAUGGGGACCGUGUGCGCACCUGGGAAAGUGUGUGCAGACUUCAAGUGUGUGAAUUCAUCUGUUUUGACCCAAACACAAAACUGUGAUGCUCUGAAUGACUGCCAUGGUAAUGGGGUGUGUAACGACAAGGGCCACUGCCAUUGUAACAACGGCUGGGCACCCCCCAACUGCAAUAAAGGAGGGAGAGGAGGCAGUGUGGACAGUGGACCUGCUGAAAUUGACUACUCCCUGAGGAAUGGCCUGUUGAUCUUCUUCCUGUUGGUGGUGCCUAUCUUGGUGGCACUGGUUCUCGCUUUCCUCUACGUGUUCAGGCGGGACAUGCUGGACAGGUGUCUGAAGGGCCGCCGCUCCAAACGGCAAAGGUCAAACGAUGCUGCUAACGCUCAGAGGAAUUGGCAGCCAAACAGCGGCAUUCAAAGAGCCACAUCUCCUCAACCUCCAAACCAAAUUCCUCCCUCAAAUCCGCAGCCGUUUCGGCCACCGCGUCCACCCACUGCCCCUGCAACUCAAAUCAGCAUUGACAGCUGGGAUGAAGCCGAUGUCCAGCCUGCAGUGUCCACUUCUCAGCCGCCCAGACAAGGACCUGGAGUCCCAAAACCAAUUCCACCCAAGCAGAUAGACACCUGAGUGAAUUCAUGGAAGGACACUCAUGAUGUUGCACACAACCUGAUGCCUUUAUCUUCGACUGUGAAAUGACUUGUUGUUCGCUUGUAUUAAAUACUCUACUGUCGUUUUUAUAAUAUGUAUUUUUGAGUAAGCAUGAAUUACCAGUGGUUGAUUUAAAAGGUGCACAGGGUUACCAAAAUUCUAUGUUAUGAAAUUAUUCUCAUACCUACAGUAUAUAUACUAUCUCACUGUGUUUUGUACCUUGCUUUAGGGCAGUCUGCACAUUUGGCAACUUUACUCCUCUUUUACAUACUGUAAAAUUACCAAUGUGUAACUACACCAGUGAGUCUUAUUCUGAAUGUACUUGGAGUGUAAAAAACAUACAUGAAGUUUUAAUUUAUACAUAUUUUAUAGUCUGCUUUAGCUUCUCUGUUUUAAUUUAAAAUAAAUAAAAGAAUAUUUAAACUCCACUGGGCCGAUAAAAAAAAAAAA